UACGGGACAGGAUCGGCGGCUGCGCUUCCCUAAUCUCUGGUUUGGGCUGCCUGACCUGUCGCGAAGGCCGGCGCGCGACAUCCGGCUGGGGGACGUGCUGGUCGGUCUUCCGGACGGCGAGAGCGCGGGACUGGUUACAUAUGAUCUGGGCAAGGAGACGGAAGUUGUGUUCGAACCGCUUCAACAGUACACUUUGUUCCUGCUCAAGUUGUCAUAGCUCCUUGAACUCAAAUGGCGGACAGCCUAAAACGCCUUGCAGGUGUUGCUACUUUGCCGCCCAGAAGAAAGCGUAACUUGUAUAUCAAGAUGGUGAUCGAGAACGACCAAUCUGUGCAUUGGUAUUACGCCAUCUCACCCAAGGUGCUCAGCUGGACUUUGUUGGCAGGCUACAUCGUUCUCUCUUCCACGUUCACAACCAUGAAUCGCUCCGAAGCUUUCAGCACCAUGAUGGAAGACAAUGAGGUUGCGCUGAAGGCAUUUCAGAAUUCUCCUUUACUUGGACUUGCACUGUUCUUGUUCAUUGUUUCUCUGAUAGGGUUAAGUUGUAUAUGGUGGGUCUGGAAGUGCAAUUAUAGCUGGAGUCUUAACAACAUCAUCACACCACUGCUCACAAACUCACUACUCGGCUUCAGCACGACCUUGCUAAACGUAUACGCUGUGCGGGAUGGUACAUGGUCGGCCAUCGCCAUAGCUUCCAUCACCGCAACUAGCUUCUGCUUACUCAUCUCCAUCGUUGCGUAUACAAUAUAGUAUAUGGCUUUUGAAGCCCAUAAGAGCAGCUCGAGCCGCUCAGAUCGUGGAAUGCUAUAGCACGGCCGAUACCGCGACCCACAGGAGAGAGUGACGUAAAUAUGGGCCAACCUCGAUAGCAAAAGCAUCACCUGGCAGAUUAAAUCCCACUAGCUAUAUAGUGGCAAUGACUAAAUAUUCAGAACA